UUUGACGACAGAAAUUUAGAAAAUGUAUAAAAAGAAUUGCGAUUGUCGACAAUACUUUGAAACAACUCGGAACAACAACAAAUUAUCAAAAACUACACACAAAAAUAAUAUGGCUCAUCUUAGGCUGGUUUGUGAUAAUCAUAAUAAUGAACUAUAAUGAAGCUCUAUGUUUGAGAUAUCAAUAUAAUCUUAGUAUUGUAAUAGUUACUUCUGUCCCAUGCGUAAUAAAUUAUUGCGCUCAUAUUAAUUUUAUUGACGACUUGAUUAUCAUUAACAUUCUUGGAUACAUAGGACUAAAGUUUGAUCAAAUUAAUGAAAAUCUUCAAAAGAUAAUGAGGAAUAAUGAACAAGUUGGAAAGAAUCAUGUAUUACAGUCGUGUCAAAACAGAUUUUUGAGAAUUCCAAGCAACAAAUACAUAAUAUGGAUUGUGAUACAUCUUCAUUUGGAACUAUGUAGAAUAUCUCGCGAAAUAAACUCAAUGUUUGGACUACAGAUGACUUUAAAAAUGGGACUGUAUUUCGGUUUCAUAACAGUAGGUUUCUGUGAAGUAUUCAACAUGAUAUUUAUCAAAAAUUACGUGCAACAUAUAAGACUGGAAUAUUAUGUCUUUGUCAUUAUAUGGAUCUUUAUACACGUGUUGAAACUUUUCUUCAUUAAUUAUAUAUGUGAAACAGUCAGUGCCAAGGCAAAUACAACAGGAAAUGUUAUAAAUAAUGCAUCAUAUUCUAUUUCUGAUGUCGAAAUUCGUGAAAAUAUUUUACAAUUUCUAUUACAAUUGACUCAAGCACCACUCAGAUUCUAUGGACUUGGACUAUUUCAAUUUGGUUUCAAAUUCCUUCAAAGGUUCUGCACAUCUAUUGCCACUGUUUUAGUUAUACUAAUACAGGCACAUACAAAUAAAUAA